AUGAAAGCCUUAUCUGCUCUCCACGAGAAAUUGAUAGUGAAAAGCGUUACCAGGGAUGGGGCGCCUCGGACAGUGGAGUUUCUCGAUAAUGAUUCGAUCAGGCCGACAAGGGUGCAAGACCGAACUUGGACUCAUAUCACGUAUCUCGCCUUUUGGUUCUCGGCAUCCGGGAAUGUGAGCAAUCUCUAUGCUGCUUCUACCGGCUUGACGGUUGGUUUGUCCAUGUGGGAGUCAAUCAUCUGCCAAUUUGGAGGCCAGAUUUUGGCAGGCAUCCUGAUGGCUAUCAAUGGUCGCGCAGGAGCUCUGUAUAGGAUUCCAUUUCCUGUUCUCUGCAGGUCCAGUUGGGGUCCGCUUGGGGCUCUCUGGCCUACAUUUAACCGUGCUGUGAUGGCCAUUGUAUGGAAUGGUGUAAAUGCUGUCCAGGGCGCACAAUGUCUGAACGUAUUAUUGCGGUCGAUUUUCCCGUCGAUGGCCAAUAUUCCUAAUACUAUGGGCUCCAAAUCUGCUCUCACCAGCGCGGGAAUGAUAUGUUUCUUUGUAUUCUGGUACGUAUAUAUUCCAGUUCCCCGCUCACCAGUAGAGUUGACAUUAUCUAGGUUCGUCAACUGCGCGUUUCUGUUUAUUCCGAUACCAAAGAUGAGGGCACUGGUGUACCUGAAAAUAGCUGCUUACUAUAGUGCUACUAUUGCCAUGCUGGCUUGGACGCUCUCUCUGUCUGGGUCUUCCAAACACACGUUUCAGACGCAUUCAACUAUUCAUGGGACUGAGAAGUCCUGGAUGCUUGCAAAGUUCUUUUGGCUAGGUCUAGCAAGUGUUGCGACCUUCGUCUCUAAUGCUGCCGAUCUUCAGCGAUAUACCAGGCGACCGAACGAUGUCAUUCUAGGUCAAGUACUCAGCUUUCCUAUAGCCAACUUCGUCAUUGCCAUCAUGGGAUGUGUCAUAGCGGCCACUAGUGAGCCUAUAUUUGGUGAACUUAUAUGGAACCCUAUUAAUAUCCUUGAGCGCCUUAUGGAAGGCGAUCGAUAUACGGCGGGGAAUCGAGCGGGAUGCUUCUUUAUUUCCCUUGCUUUUCUUCUAUCCUAUGCCAUUUGUCCAUGGUAUCUACUGUCAUCAGCCGCAGUCUUCAUCAUGUUUCUUUCCUCUUAUCAGAUCUUUCUCUCUGCUAUCGCAGGCAUCCUGAUCUGCGACUACUACCUGAUCCGUCGAGGCCGCCUCUGUAUCCAAGAACUCUACACCAUGAACCCUGAGGGUCGUUUCUAUUACCUCCGCGGAUUUAACAUCCGUGCCUUCGCAGUUUACAUUAUCUCAGUAGCGCCGAGUUUCUACGGGUUUCUAAAUCAGCUUGGUGUAAAGGCGCCGCUGUCAAUCCAGCGGUUCUAUUAUAUCUCGUACCCGACAGGACUAUUGAUUGCAUUUCUUGGCUAUUAUGUGUUGUGUGUUUGUUUCCCAGUCAUGGGUAUGGUGAGAACUUGGGGCUGGCUCGAGCCUAAGGAGUAUGUUGAUGUGCAUGAUGCCGCUAGAGAUGAUACUACAAUGGCUUUUGACGGUGUUGAUGUCUCCAGAGGAGAGAGUGAUGCUGUUGAUUUCGUUGCUGCAGAGGGUAUCAAACAAGAUGAAGAUAUUAAGCGGACCAAUUCUCGAAUUAUAUAA